AUGGCGUGGCCACCCCGGUGGGGGGGACGGCCCCCCGGGGGCAGGGGGCGCCCUGCGAGGGAGUACUCCAGCCCCUCCCUGCUCCUUGCAGACGACGGCAGCGGCGGCCCCCUCAUGAGCCCCCUGUCCCCGCGCUCGCUCUCCUCGAACCCGUCGUCGCGCGACUCCUCGCCCAGCCGCGACCCGUCCCCCGUGUGCGGCAGCCUGCGGCCCCCCAUCGUCAUCCACAGCUCGGGCAAGAAGUACGGCUUCAGCCUGCGCGCCAUCCGCGUCUACAUGGGCGACAGCGACGUCUACACGGUGCACCACGUCGUCUGGAGCGUGGAGGAGGGAAGCCCCGCGCAGGAGGCGGGCCUGCGCGCCGGCGACCUCAUCACGCACAUCAACGGCGAGUCGGUGCUGGGGCUGGUGCACAUGGACGUGGUCGAGCUGCUGCUGAAGAGCGGCAGCAAGAUCUCGCUGCGGACCACGGCCCUGGAGAACACGUCCAUCAAGGUGGGCCCCGCGCGCAAGAGCGUGGCCAAGGGCCGCAUGGCGCGCAGGAGCAAGCGCAGCCGCCGGCGCGAGACCCAGGACCGGCGGAAGUCGCUCUUCAAAAAGAUCUCCAAGCAGUCGUCCGUGCUGCACACCAGCCGCAGCUUCUCUUCGGGGCUGCACCACUCGCUGUCGUCCAGCGAGAGCCUGCCCGGCUCGCCCACGCACAGCCUGUCCCCCAGCCCCACCACGCCCUGCCGCAGCCCAGCCCCCGACGCCCCCGCAGACACCGCAUCGCCACCCAGCGCAUCCCCAAGCUCCAGCAGCCCCGCCUCUCCGGCCGCCGCCGGCCACACCCGCCCCAGCUCCCUGCACGGCCUCGCCGCCAAGCUCGGGCCACCCCGCCCCAAAACCGGCCGUCGCAAGUCCACCAGCAGCAUCCCGCCGUCCCCGUUGGCCUGCCCGCCCGUGUCCGCGCCCCCUCCGCGCUCGCCCUCGCCCCUGCCCGGGCACCCGCCCGCACCCGCGCGCUCCCCGCGGCUGCGCCGGGGCCAGUCGGCCGACAAGCUGGGCACGGGCGAGCGGCCGGACGCCGAGCUGGUGGUCAUGCGGCGGCUGCACCUGUCCGAGCGCCGGGACUCCUUCAAGAAGCAGGAGGCCGUGCAAGAGGUGAGCUUCGACGAGCCGCUCGAGGAGGCCGCCGGGCCUCCCGCCUCGGUGCCGCAGAUCGCCGUGCAGGGCGCCGAAGCCGCGCCGGGACCCGCCGGGAGAGACUGACCCCUCCCUCCGCACCCGGCCUCUUCCCGGCCUCCGCGUGCUUCCCGUGCCACGUCCGCUCCCCUGAGUCGCGCCUGGGUGGAGGCCGAGCCUCG